AUGAUCGUUGGCGUAAAUCUUGUUGCGGGGUUCAGUUUGAUGCGAAAUCGGAAUCUGAAAUUCAUUCGCGUUGGGAUACCGUUUUUCUCGAUUGUUCUUGGUGGUGCUUACGUCCUACAUUACUUUCAACAAGUUCGGUACGAUUUUCGUAAACUGAAGCAGCAGGACGCGAAUCUAGAAGAUCUG